CAUCCUUUCGCCUUCGACUCUCACACUAGUCGGUUCACCUGCAUCAUGAGGUCUCUCGCCUUGUGCGUUCUUUUGGUGACUAUCCCAGGCGUGGCCAUGGACGAAUCCCAUAAUCCACAUUGUGACCACGGCGACCAGAAACUCAAGGAAGUGGUUGCUUGCGUAAAGCAAAAAGCAAGCGAAGAGAUCGUCAAGAUAAUGGACGCUACACGUGAGUCACUGCAGUGCCCCGACAUCGAAUGUGUCGUUCGGAAGCUCUGCCGCAAGCACCACGGUGCAGUCACGGCACAAGUAACCAGGCCAUUCUACUCCGACGAGGUGAAGAAGAUCAUUCGUGGCCAUUUUGACAGCUGCCGUGAACUGGCUUAAGCCAUGGAUUGAAGUUCUGCCGUCAGCGGAAAGCUCCGAGUGAAUAAAUUCAUCUUUUGGCACAACCAUUGAAGAUAUGGCUAAAGGGCCACAGUUGCAAGGAUUCAGGCGCAUGGCAUGCACGUUUCUUCAAUAAAAACAAUCCACAUAAUAUAGAGAAAACAACGCUCAAUAAUGGGCGACUUCAUCUCAAUGUACAAAUAGUAAUAAGCAGGC